CAUUCCAUUUGCCAAUCCUCGACAUAUCAGCUUAAUUGUGGAUUGUGUUAUCUAAGUUACACAAUGGCACUUUCGGAAUCACAAAUACCCGACACAGCUCAACACUAUUUGGAAUGUGGUAUCGACGACUGUGAGAAGAACUGUCUGUUUUACUGCAAUCCUUGUCACCAACCCAUGUGUGAACAAUGCAGGGACGAACAUCAGAAGAGUCCAGAAACCAAGAACCAUGAAGUGGUCCCUUACCGUGAACGCAAUUGUCAACUUCCAGUGGAGAAAUGUAGGGAUCACCCAACUAGGAAUAUUGACAUUCUCUGUGAUGAAUGUAACGUGCCUUUAUGCUCCAAGUGUUCUACGAUGCCUGUCCACAAGGGACAUUCCUUUACCGACCUGGAAACAAUUUAUACAGAGAAAUCUGCAGCGUGUCGAGAGGAAAUCCAAAAUAUUCAAGCAUACUUUAUUCCAACAUCAAAAGAUUUGCAAAGUGAAAUAAAAAUUGAUGCCACAGUAUUAAAAACAAUCAUGAAUGGCAUAAGAUCAUUCAUUGGGGAUGAAGCCAAGUUUCUCAAAACAAUGGUGGACGAAGUGACAUCAGAUAAUAUAGAACAAGUCUACAAAUUGGAGGGUUCACUAACGGAGAUGCUUCAGGGUCAAGACAAAACAUACCAAGAUUACCUUUUUUAUCUUGAGGACCUUCUUAAAAAGUUCCAUGGAUACCUGUCAUCUACUCAACUUAAAAACAAUCCCAUCAUAUUCCCACUUACUGAACUAUUAAAAAUCCAACCCAUACCAGAGACCACUAAACCAGUCUUUCCAGAGUUUACUGCUGGUCUAUACAGCAAGGAGGAUGUUGCCAAGCUAUUGGGUAGAAUAACAGUUCCUGUCACUAAACCAGAAAAGAGAAAAAUAAAAUCCAUGGAGGCUGCCUCUACACAGUUAAAACUUAUACAGAAACAAGGGAAACAGGUAGAAGAGAAAUCUGAAGUGAAACAAACACUGUCUCUGUCUUCCUUUGUCACCAAGGUCAGGGAGUACAAAGUGCCAGGUGUUCAUGAAUUGCGUCAUGUAUCACUUAAUAAAUCAGGUAGGCUCUGGAUCAGUGAUGGUAGUGGUGACCUUGUCCAAACAGAUCCACAGGGAAAUCAGUUACAGAAGAUACGAAACAGUGGUGGUGUAUAUGGCUACCACACGUUCACACAGGACGGGGAUCUGAUCUAUACAAACCAAUACAACAAAGUAAUCAACAGGAUAACACUGGAUAAUACAAUCACUGAAUUCAUUAAAACAAGAGACUGGGAACCAAUCAGCAUAUACUCCUCUCACAUCAACGGGGACAUACUGGUGGGGAUGAUACAGGAAGGAAAGGGUAAAGUCACCAGAUACAACAAGACAGGGAAAGAAAUACAGAACAUACAGAGGGACACCAAAGGACAGGAACUGUAUACUUAUCCAAGCUACAUCACAGAAAACAUCAAUGGUGAUGUCUGUACAUCAGAUUAUAUCACACAUGUUGUAGUGGUGGUAAAUAAAUCAGGAAAACACAGAUUUUCCUACACAGGUCAGGGGCGAAUGUUUAAUCCCCGAGGAUUAUGUACUGAUCUCCUGGGUCACAUCUUGGUGUGUGAUUAUUCCAGUGGCACAGUUGAUCUUUUGAAUCAGAACGGUCAGUUCUUGUGUCUACUACUCACACAACAACAAGGGAUAGAGGAGCCCUAUAGUGUAUGUUUAGAUAAUGAGAACCAUCUUAUCGUGGGACAAAAACACAACAACACAGCGACAGUGUACAAGUAUCUACAGUGAUGAUACAAUGUUACACUAACAACAUGAUGAUACUGUUUACUUGCAUCAUUAUACUAUGAAGCUUUAUGACUCCUUACAAACUUUAUAUAUAUAAAGUUAUU